AAUCCUUGUGGCUACUCGAUGAAUGGAAUGAAAUCGGAUGGAACAUAUUGGACUAUUCACAUCACUCCAGAACCAGAAUUCUCUUAUGUCAGCUUUGAAACAAACCUAAGUCAGACCUCCUAUGACGACCUCAUCAGGAAAGUCGUGGAAGUCUUUAAGCCAGGAAAAUUUGUGACCACCUUGUUUGUUAAUCAGAGUUCUAAAUGUCGCACAGUGCUUUCUUCGCCUCAGAAGAUUGACGGCUUUAAACGUCUUGAUUGCCAGAGUGCUAUGUUCAACGAUUACAAUUUUGUUUUUACCAGUUUUGCUAAGAAACAGCAACAACAGCAGAGUUGAUUAGGAAAAAUGAAGAAGAAAAAGCGCAAAAAGAGAAGACACACAGGAGGUGGUGGCUGCUUUCUAGAUGCUGAUCCUGAGGGUCGUGCUGACCAUGACCACCACCUCGUAGUUGCAGAAAGCCCUAGGUGUAAUGAUAGUGUAAUCAUUUUGAAGUGUAUGCAUUAUUAUAUCAAGGAGUUAGGUAUCUUGCAUGAAUGCUCUCUUCUGUGUUUAGGUGUUCUAUGCCACUCUCGCUGUGGAACUGAAGUGCAUGUAGAAAAGACCUUUGACUGUAUGAAUCUUUACGACACUUGUGAAAAUGAUACAAUUUGGUUUAUGCACAGUGUAAUAUUUCUGCAGGCAUCAUCCAAAAUUCCCCACAGACAAGGCUUUCGUCCCCAUUAGAUGCAGCCUCAGCUGACAUCUG